GCCUGUGAAGAGGCUCUACUUCGUCUGUGCGUCUAAGCACGUCAUGGGUUGCCCGGCAAGAAAGAUUGAGGAUCGAGUGGCUGGCGAGGCCCGUCACCCGCGCCGGCUCAAGCUGACAGGCAGCGUUGGAAAAAAUGCAGCCGUGGGGAAAACCACAACUGCCGCAACAGAUGCAGCUACAACCAGAGCCAGAGCUACAGCUGCAGCUGCUUCCGAAGCUGCAGCUACAACCGGAGUGGCUGUAGCAGGACGUGCAGAAGAAGUCGACACGGCGUCGGACAGGACAGAGAUGCGUGUGGUGGUGCGAGUGGCAUAUUUUGGCUCGCACAACCACCCACCGCCCGUGUUGGAAGCUUCUAAAGCUCUUCUCUCUGGUCCUUCUGCCAUCAGCCUCCUUCCCACAUUAACUUGCCCCUCUGCCGCUACAGCCUCCAUCUCUGCUACAACCUGCACUCCCGCUACAACCUGUGCUCCCGCUGCAACCUGCGCUCCCGCAACGAACAGCCUUUCCACCCCAACUUCUCCUGCCUUCCUGCCGCCUCUUCCCCUUUCCUUUGCUCCUUUGCCUGCCCCCGCUUCCGCCCCUCUGGCUGUUGACGCACCCCAAGCGGCGUGCUUCCAGACUUCCCACUCUCCGUUGGGGUCCAUCCCCGUGGAGCCAACGCACGGGUAUCCCGCCGCACCCUCCUGUGAUUCUCCUGCUUCGCUGGAUUCUGCUCCUGCCGCGCUGGCUUCUGCUCCUGCCGCAGCAGCUGACCACGCCACCUAUGCUCCUGCCGCGACAAGCCCCCCGUACAGCAGCCAAGCCUCCUCCCCCCUGCUCCAUCGCCUUUCUCCUCUCCCUCCUCUCUCCACUACUCACCCCCCUCCUCUCCCUCCUCUUGCUCCGUCCUUCGCACAUUCUUCUGACAUCACCAACAGCAACAGCAACAUCAACAGCAGGUGCGUUGUCAUAAGCCAGUUGCCAGUGGCGGCAGCAGCAUCGGCAGUGGCAGCACCAGCAACAGCAAAAGGAAACGCCUGUGCUGACAGCCCAAGGCUGGGCGUGCUGGAACCACAUCCACUGCAACAGCAGCAGCAGCAGUACCAACAGCAGCAGCAGCAGCAGCAGCAGCAGCAGCAGCAGCAGCAGCAGCAACAGCAGCAUCAGCAGCAGCAGCAGCAGCAGCAGCAGCAGCAGCAGCAGCAGCAGCAGCAGCAGCAGCAGCAGCAGCAGCAGCAGCAGCAGCAGCAGCAGCAGCAUCAGGAUCAGCAGUAUCAGCAGUGUCAGCAGCAUCAGCAGCAUCAGCAGAAGCAGCAUCAGCAGCAUCAGCAGCAGCAGCAUCAGCAGCAUCAGCAGCAUCAGCAGCAGCAGCAUCAGCAGCAUCAGCAGCAUCAGCAUCGGCAGCAUCAGCAGCAUCAGCAUCAGCAGCAUCAGCAGCAGCAGCAUCAGCAGCAUCAGCAGCAGCAGCAUCAGCAGCAUCAUCAGCAGCAUCAGGAGCAGCCCCAGCAACAAUACCAGCACCAGCAUCAUCAGCACUUGCAGCGGCAGGUGCCUGCAUCUCUUCUUUGCAGCGAGCAACUACCAAUGCACAUGACUGGAUUUGCUCCCAAUGUCACCGCUCACGCUGCAGACCUUACAACUCACUCACCUGACAUAACCGCUCAUGCUACUGACGUUACAACUCAUUCACCUGACGUGACCGCUCAUGCUACUGACGUUACAACUCAUUCUCCUGAUGUAACCGCUCAUACAGCUGACCUUACGACUCCUUCCCCUGACUUAACUGCUCACUCUGCUGACAUUACAACUCAUUCUCCUGAUGUAGCCGCUCGCGCUGCUGGCGUUACAACUCUUUCUCCUGAUGUAGCAGCUCGCGCUGCUGGCGUUACAACUCAUUCUCCUGAUGUAACCGCUCACGCUGCUAACCCUGCUCCUACCUCUCAGGGGAGUGACGUUCAACCUCCUGUGGUCCCAACUUUGCAGCGAAGCAACACGUUGCUAUGGCCAGCUGAUGGUGUUGCCAUGUCAGCACGUGAUGGCAUCGCCACGUCAGCUUGCAAUGGUGCUGCCACAUCGGCAUGUGUAGCCACUGCAACAAAUUGCGUUGCCGUGUCAGCAUGUUGUGCCGAGGCUGGCCAAUAUGGGGCCGGCCAACAAGGGGCCGGCCAACAAGAGAUGGAGUAUGGGCAGAGGUCAGCAUCUACUCAAUCUCAGGAGAAACCGAGUCAAGGGGUGCAGGAGUACCAACUGCCUUCGUUCAAAGCGUACUUGCAGCAGUGCUACCAGCCGCCACAACAGCAACUGCAGCAGCAAACUGGCUGCUUGGUGGGUGGUGGGGGAAGCAGCAACGGCCGUACCAUCAGCUGCCGAGGCUAUACAGUGGAGUUUGACACGGAACAGUGCAGCCUGUUUUCUGUACCCCCUAUAAGCAGGUUUGACAGUAGCAGUGCUUGCGGCACCAACACCAGCAAGAUGCAGUCUGAUGGUAGGAGCAGCAGGCUCUCGACUUACUGUAGCAGCACCAGCAGCAGUCUCCCUCAACUGUGCAAUCGACUCUGCACUGACAAUGGUGUCAUUAUCAACAGCCGCACGAUUGGCCCUAUUAACCGGGUAAACCGUAUUAACAAGAUUAAUGGGGUUAAUUGGACUGACCAGAGCCACCCUACGGACCCUAUAGACGGGCACAACAGCAUGGUGAGCAGUGGCAGCAGCAUGAGCAUCGUAAGUAACAUAAGCAGCAUCAAUGGCUGCUUCAUGGAUCCAUGGCCGGAUACCUACACAGCAGCCAUCGGACAGCACCUGGAAGCUCCCUCUGCUGCUGGUGUGUGCCUAGAUGACCUGUACUUGGUACCAGAUGACGUCACCAAGGUCCCGGGCGGCAUCGGCAACAUGAGGGAGUGCCAAGUCAUCAUAGGGUUUGGAGAUUCAGAUCUGAUGCACUUGUUUGCUGCGCAUGGCUGCGAUGACAUGGAUCUUGUACUGUUUGAUUGCUCAUGCUAGGUGUUGCUUCAAAGCGGUGUAAAACUGUCGUGACGAUACUAUGUUAGUAAUCUUUUG